AAUGGAUGCUUAGGUACAUCAGGCUUAUCAGACAAAUGAGAGUAUCUUGUCCUUUGUGGCACCUAUCGAUGGGAUGAACACCAUGCCUUGGAUACUCUGUGUUGCAUCGGACACCCUUGCACUGUGCACUGUGGAUUGGUGUAAAACACUUCCGCGAAUUGCGACGAAUAAACACAGGAGAUUCAAGUUUCACGGUGUGAAUUUUCUAAAACUCACUUCGCGUACCUUACAAGUUCCCUUGAUGCUCCACGGGUGGGCAUUACCAAUAUAUUCAUUGACACUCGACAUCGGUUACGGGGUUCUGACUGGAUUAUGUCCAAAUAUAUGGAACAGGGAAUGAGAUAUCGAAAUGGCUAGGAACGAGGAUUCUUUCAAUGGCGUGACACGAAUGACGUGAUCCCACAUGCC